AUGUGCUUGGGUAGCGUCAACGUUAUUCUCACGCCGGAAGAAGUCCUCUUCAGGGGGCUUGUGUUGGUUGGCUUCGAACCGAAACGGCAGAAGUCUGUUCAGCAUAAGAAGAACUUGUCAAGGUUUCGGACGCACUUUUCGAGCGACCCGUCCGUCUAUUCCGUCCUUCUCAUCAAGCUGCAGGAGACCAAGAACGAGAAGGCCAAUCUCAGCUUCGACAGUGAAGUUGACCCCAGAAUCCACAGGAUCGGUGUUGAUGGCAUGCUGAAAUACUUCUUUAUGUCAAUCUACUUCCUCGCGUGCUACCCAACCGAAGAGCAAGCUGAAGGGCUAUUUGGCUGUAGCGAUCGAACGUGGCGAAACUGGGUCUGGGAGAUUGUCGAGAAGAUUGCGUUGCUGAAGCCUGAAAUCAUUGUCUGGCCGAAGAAAUGGAACAACCCAGACAACCCAGAAGACCCUGAAUCUGCGACAAUUUUCAUUAUCACCGUUGAUGCACCCACUGCCGCAUUGAGGAGCCAACCCAUGAAGCAUUCUCUGAAAACACCAAGUACUACUCUCACAAGUUCAAGUCUGCAGCUUACGAUUAUGAAGUUGCCUUGUCCAUCUUUGAAGACAGGUGCGUUUGGGUGGCAGGCCCUUACCCUGCUGGGACGCCUGAUAUCACAAUCUUCCGCCACAAGCUGA